CUCCCACAAUUCAUGCCACCGGCCCCCUUCCCUCGUCGUCCUCUCAUCGGACGGCGAGAGCAGGGCGUCCAUUCUCCACGUCCAAUCGCUUAAUUAAUUAAGUCACCACAUCUCGAUCUACCUCCGCCGUCGCCGCCGCCACCGUCGCAACCAUGUCUCGGAUCUUGAACCCGUUCCAGCUCCUGGAGCUGACCAUAAUGUCGGGUCAGGAACUCCACCAGGUGUCCCGCAAGAUGAAGACCUACGCGGUCGCUUGGAUCCACCCGAACCGCAAGCUGUCCACCCGGGUCGACUCGCUGGGUCACAACCGACCCACAUGGAACGACAAGUUCGUUUUCCGGGUCGACGAGGAAUUCCUCUACAGCGACACCUCCGCGGUCACGAUCGACAUCUACGCCGUCCACUGGUUCCGCGACGUCCUCGUCGGCACCGUCCGGGUGCUCGUCGGCAGCGUCGCCCCUCCCCGGCAGCAGCAGCAAACCCGGCCCAACAAGGUCCUCCGCCAGGGGAACCGGUUCCUCGCGCUCCAGGUCCGCCGCCCGUCGGGUCGCCCGCAGGGCCUCCUCAAUGUCGGCGUCGCCGUGCUGGACAGCUCGAUGCGGAGCAUGCCGCUCUAUUGCGGAUCCUCCGCCGUCGGGUACCGAGAUCUGAUGGGCGAGAAGAAAGGGGAUGAGGGCAGCAGCGAUGGGGGAAGCAGCAGCAUGUAUUCUGCAAUCCCUAACAAGAAGCAAUUCUUGCUCCCUUGGAUCCCUACACCCGAAUUGAGGCGGACCAAGAGCGAUUCCAGCUCUAUGCUAGAUCUGCCGCCAACGGGGAAGGGGAAGAAGACGGGGACGGAUCGAAUCGGCGGCGGAGGAGGAGGGGGUUCCAUGGUGAACGGAAGAUCCAGAGCCGGAUCGAUGUUGACCGGGCUGGAGAGUUACCGGAAUGGUACUAAAUUCAACAAAACCCGUUCGCCCGAUUCCCGAGGAAGUCAAUCGGAUGUCGCCGGUUUGGCUCAGAAGAAGAAGAAGAAGGAUUGCAAAUCGAAUCAGAUCCCCUUACCACCGGGCGCGAAAUUCCUUCACGGGUCAGAUACAAGCUCGUCGGACGGAUUCUCUGCUGCCGGGAACCCGAUGGCGGUCAAGAAGCCGGGCCGUCCGCCGAUUACAGAUUCGGAGCUGGGUCCGUCGGCGUCGGAGGUGGCUGCGGCGACGGUGGCGAAGAUCCGGAACUUGAAUUACAAAUGGGAGGAGGGUUCGGACGUCGUGGGCUCGUGGAGCAUGGAGAGCAGCAGCAUGGAGGGGCUGCAAUCGAAGUUGGAACGGUGGCGGACGGAUUUCCCCCCGGUGUAUGCCGGCGGGAGUGUGGUCCGAAGCGGUCCGGAGAGCAGCAGCGGUGGCGGGAGCAGCAUGGUCAGCGGACCGGGCGGGGGUAACGGCAGGGUGGUGAGGCAGGGGAAGGACGGUAAGGGAGCAGGUGGGUUCACGUGCUUGACGAACAUUUGCGGGCUACAGUUCACGAUCGUAUGCGGCGGCGCCGCCGCAGCGAGAAGGACGAAGAAGGCGAAGAAACAGAAAUGGGACAAGAGCAGCUCCAUUUCCAUUUGACCGGCCAAAGACUUUUGAACCUUUUCAAAGAGCGAGUGGGUGCGUACGGUAAGGGAACAGGUUUUGGCCGGGAGGUUGCGGUGGAGGAUAAGGAAGUACGCAUCUUGGGUGGACGUUAGGGGAGGUCGGCGUUGGUUAGCUCAUUUACCCCCAUUUUAUUCCUGCUCUUUGUUUGUUAUCUUCCUAUUUUUGGUCUCGUUUUUAUUUCUUGUUAUUUUUCCUCGUUAAUUACCGUGGUCAAUUAAUUGUUCGGAAAAACAGUGGGAAGGAAGGUGUUUAAGAAUUUCUUUUUUUCUAUAUUCUGAAUUGAAUUUACCAAUAUAACAUAACUGAAAUCAGUAAAAGAGUAAAAUGAGACCGAAACAAGAUGUUUACCAACCCUAAUGGCUAAUGGAUUUUGGGUUGAGAAGUUUUUCUUUUGAGAUUCUAGUUUUGGGCUUUUGGCCCUUUCCAUGUCGUAGCUGAACACAAGUUCCGAAAAUUAAACAUUUUCCAUGGAAGCUCUGGUUCAUAGAGAAAUGGAACUCCAGUCCACACGCGGAGCUCAGUUCGAUUCAUCUUAAUUGGGAAUCUCGAUUGUCGACCAUUUGUUCAGCCAACGCCUCCACGACGUUCCCCAUAACCCCGUCGCUCACCUUCUCUCCGUUUGCCCCAAUUUUGACCCUACGACGACCGAAUGGCGGCCGGCCAGGCAAGUUGUCGACCCUCUCACGAGCUUGGUGGUUUCCGUAGCAAGCGGCCACCAUCAAUUCUACCCUUCUUUCAAUCCGGUCCCUUCCCCAUUCUCCACAGCCUGAUCAAUCGGCGACUAAGAAAGUGACCACCUUCGUUCUCUCCCUUAUUCGCACCGCCGGAUCAGCUCCCAUGUGGAAUGUGAGCCGUGAUAGAUUGGCGGUGAGCCAUGCUUCUAGAUCCGAGAGAGGGGGGGAACUUCCAAGCACCCAUCUUUUGGCGGUUUGCGAAGCCAGCUCCACCGGUCGGCCGGCCGUCUUCCACCACGAGCCCUUCCAAUUCAUUCGGCGACUCCCCAUCAGGAGAUGCAAAGAAGAACAGAGGAAAUCGCCUCUAAGCUUCCAACCGUAGGUGCUAUUGUUAUGCUGGCGGGGAAUGAAAGGUGAAGAAAAGGAAUGGAAAAGGACAUGGUAAAUUCCAUUUUGUCCCCUCUUAAUGUUCAUGUUUCUGAUGUGAAUUUGCCCUAACAUGGGGUCAUUGAUACAACAAAAAAUGAGUCAUUUAGAUAAUCGAAUAUGACCGUAACGGAUGUCUGCUCAAUCUGAAGGAAAUUUUGCGGAAACUAGCUUUACAGAAUUAUUAUGAAGCUAUGCGACUCGAAAUUGAUCCCUAUGCAUGAUAGAAGUUAUAUACUCUAUAAUAUAGGUUACUCUUCGUCCAUUUCAUUUUUGUAUGGAUGUUCAACACACAGUUCAGCGAAUUCAUUCGGAUAUGGGUUUUAUGAUGUCGUGUUUAACAUGUUCCCUAGUUUGGUGGUUUGGUAUGUCGCUUUUGUAUGUGUCUUCCUCAAUAUUCCAACUUUCCACCAUCUUAUAAAUGCCCAACCUGCAUUUGUACCAGAACUACAGUCCCGAGCAAUCUCGAUUCUUUGACAAGAGAAGGCCAACUAUAAUCAAUCAUAAUUUGGAAGGUACGUCUCUUUUGCUAUUUUUUUUAAUGGGAAUUUGUGUUCCCAUGCCAUGCCACGGCAACCAAACCCAAUCUCGAUUCUUAGACAAGAGAUUACCAACGAUGAUUUGAUCACAAUAAUAUUGAAAUUAAAUUUGGUUUAGAAAGUAUAACUCCGGUUAGUAAAUCUUCAUGAAUGAUGGAAGUGUAGAGCGACAAAUUUACUACAAAAUAUUUUGGUACAGGGAGGUGGGCAAAUAGCUUAUGAUUAUCACCACCUAAACGUCAGUAUGCUCUUUCAAGUCAGUUGAACUAAAGCUUUACUAGCUUA